AUGAGAAGUUACUUUCUUGGUGGUCUGGCAAUUCUCACUGAUCGAACCUUUUGCCAAUAUGUGAUCGAAGUCUAUUCGAAAAACUUGACUAUGUCACCUGCGAUUGCUGUUGGUGUACGAAGACCUCCUGCUCGAAGCAUUGCGGGUGUUGUUAAAUGGAAACCUCUGUGUGUGCCUGCUGUGAAGGUUAACUUUGAUGGUGCUCUGUUUGGGGAGUCAGACUGUGCGGGGCUCGGUGUGGUGGUCCGUAAUUCAGAGGGUGCGGUGUUGGCUGCCCUUUCUGAAAAAAUUAUGAAGCCUCAGUCUGCGGAGCUGGUGGAGAUUCUGGCUGCGCGGCGUGCGGUGCUGUUUUCCUCUGAGUUGGGCUUCCAUAACUUGCUCAUUGAAGGUGAUUCUUCUUCGGUCAUCAAGCUUCUUCAGGAUAGGAGUUCAUCUCAUUUCCAGGGUGGUCAUAUUUUAAAAGACAUUAUGUCUCUUCUAGACUCUUUUGUGAGUUGUUCUUUCUCUCAUGUUGGCAGGCAAGGUAAUGCGGUGGCGCAUGCCUUAGCCCAGAGAGCUAGAUUAUAUUAUCCAUCUGUGGCUUGGACGGAGUAUGUUCCUCCAGCCAUUUCUUCUUUUGUUCUUUUUGACCUUAGGGUCUAA